AAGCCAUGAAAAUCUGAAACACGGCGAAGCCUCGAGGGCUCAGUACUCGACGUUGGCCCGCCACCGAUGGUAUAUGAUGAUCCAAUCAUGGAGAUGCCUUCAUCACACCCGAAUCUCUUAAAACCCCGUCUCAGGUUCCUCCACCAAACACCAGUUCCGAAUCAUGGUGCUCAGGAAAGUAUCGAUAUUGACUUUACGCCAGUCGUCGCGGGUCCGUCUUCUGUGAUAUUCUCCGACACUCCAGUAGCACGCCUCCGCGCCUUACUCGCACAUCCAUCAAGUUCACCCAGCAGAAGAUAUCCUCUCACAAGGCCGGGUAGAAACAAUUCCGGCAUGAGCGAGACGGACGUUACCCCCGUUGUGGACCGUGCAGGGGAACGGCAUAAGAACAUGAUGAAAAGUCUCGGUGACGAUGAAUGUGAUAAACCCAUAUCUCCACCAUCCUCGCUGUUACGAGAAAGCGGCUCACCCAUUCAAAUCAGAGCUCUUGCCUCAACUUCAGCUGCCUCGUUCUGUUCUGUCCCAGACUCUCCAUUAAAGUCCUCCGAGUCUGGGUCUAAGGACGAAGAGCAGACGAUGCCACGCUCUUCCACUCAUGGAACGCAACCGCUGACUAGUUCUGCCUCUCAGGAUGGUCCUGAGGUAGAGACACGCGAAGCAGAUAUCACUCCCGUGCGAGUGGAUGAGGAUAGUUUCGCUCAUCUGAACUACACCACGAUGAAGACUCCUAGAUCUUCCGGAGCGCGGACCGUUACGUCUCUGCCGCAUGUUAAAUCUCUUCAUGUGCGCACCCCGGCGCCCCCAGGCGCGUGGAUGUCGACCACAACUCAGAAUUGGUCUGACGGGCAAUCCAAGUUUGGUUUUGUCAGGACGAAAAAGAACAUCCUCAAAGUGCGCUUUGAUGUGACGGAAUCAGAGGCGUCAACUGCUGAAGUUGAACAUCAAGUACCUAUAACUGACAUGCCCAUGUCUACGCCCGACUCUCUGCCUAAUAGUCAUGCAUCACGGUCGAGGAACGUCAACCAAACAAGAAUCAAUGGUUCGUCUCAAGGUGGUGCCGUAGACAAGCCGGUGUUAGCUAGGCUUGUCACUCCUGGACGCCACAUGACACCCGCUUCUCGUACUAACGCACCAUCAUCACGUCCACAGAGAAAAGCCUUCAUCGUGAAGGUUGUUGAUGCAUUCGGUCGAGAAAGGGUUGACGAACUUCCUAUACCGAUUGUGAACGAGCGUGCGGACGCGGGAGACGCAAUUCGUGCUUCGCCAUCAACUAAAACUCGUACUCCUCGUGUCUCAAACAAGAAUAAAAUCAAUGUAACGGGAAGAGAAGUUCAGGAAGAUGUCCCUGAAUGCUCAUCAGUCCUACAUGAUAAUUUACCUAUUUGUCACGCUGCAGGCCUAGCUCAAAUACGGCAAACACUCCAGGAAUGGGCUAGUGGGCUGAGUGAUGAAGAUAGACCUCCUGAUAAUCUCGCAUUGAACCCGAGCUACUCAAAAGAACUCGAAGAACGUUCAAGGGUAGCGCGGCGUUCUCGGAAUCAAUUAGCUCGGACACUUCGUAUCGAAUCGGUGAAAGAGUGUAAGCGUAACUUAAUACACAAAUAUACCAAGGAAGCCGAAGACCGAAGCGGGCUUUUGCCGACCAUCACUGGUGAAAAUGGUUCUUCUUUCCAUCGCGAUCUGGUUUGGGUGGGAGUUCUGUUACAGAUCGUUUUCGUCCUUGCGAUGUGGCGGUUUGCACAUGUCCAAGCUCGGCAUCUCUUUUGCGCCGUCUAUUAUGAUCCUCUAUAUCCAGACUUGAACCCCUGCACUGGUGGACGUGCUUGGGAGAGGUGGGCUGAACGUCCUAACGCAGAGACCUGGCCACCUACCUGAUCGUGUCGUCAACACCACUGAGACUUACCUUAUGAUGCGUGCAGCCCCCGGAGUACUUUCGCACCCUGGACAUCAUGAUCAGAGUGGAUUGCAUUUGCGCCAUGCAACACAGUCUAUUUGUGGAAAAAGGGUUGGUUCGAAAUCUGCGAGUGCGUAACAUCGCUCUCCACCGCUGGUUUAUUAAGAACCAAUUUCUGAACGACU